UAUAAACUGUAAGCUCUUCCAAGCUGUUUGCCAGUUCUCUCCUUAGGCUUUCCAGGAGCAAUAGAGGACUAAGGAUGAAGAUCCUUUUUUUAUCCAUCUUUUCCAUUUUUCUGUUAUCUGCUUUUGACGGAGCAGACUCUUCUGCUCACUAUGACAAGAUUUUGUCCCACAGUCGAAUAAGGGCACGUGAACAGGGGCCAAAUGUCUGUGCUCUUCAGCAAGUCAUGGGAACCAAAAAGAAGUAUUUUAGCACUUGCAGAAACUGGUACCAGGGAGCCAUCUGUGGCAAGAAAGCAACUGUCUUAUAUGAAUGUUGCCCUGGCUACAUGAGGAUGGAUGGUAUGAGAGGAUGCCCAGCAGUUGCUCCUAUUGAUCAUGUUUAUGGUACCCUGGGCAUCGUUGGAGCUACCUCCACACAACAGUAUUCCGAUAUGUCAAAGCUGAGAGAAGAAAUUGAAGGAAAAGGAUCGUUCACAUUCUUUGCACCAAGCAAUGAAGCUUGGAACCUGUUGGAGCCAGAAAUUCAUAAGAAUUUGAUUGACAACGUAAAUAUUGAACUGUAUAAUGCUCUCCAUCACCAUAUGCUAAAUAAGCGUAUGUUGACAAAGGAUCUUAAGAAUGGCAUGACUGUUGUAUCUAUGUACAAUGACCUGAAACUGCUUAUUAACCACUACCCUAAUGGGGUUGUUACUGUUAACUGUGCCAGGAUCAUCCAUGGCAAUCAGAUUGCUACAAAUGGCGUUGUUCAUGUCAUCGACCGUGUCCUGACCCCUGUUGGAAAUACUAUUCAAGAUUACCUGGAAGUUGAGGAUGAUCUCUCAUCCCUUAGAGCUGCUUCCAUUGCAUCAGGGGUUUUGGAUACACUUGGAAAACCUGGUCAUUAUACACUUUUUGCUCCUACCAAUGAAGCUUUUGAGAAACUGCCAAGGGGAGUCCUGGAAAGGAUCAUGGGUGACAAGGUGGCUGCUGAAGCUCUCAUCAAGUUCCAUAUUUUAAAUACUCUCCAGUGCUCUGAAGCCAUCAUGGGUGGAGCAGUCUAUGAGACCUUGGAAGGAAAUACAGUGGAAGUGGGAUGUGAUGGUGAAAGCUUGACUGUAAAUGGAAUCAAGAUGGUAAAGAACAAAGAUAUUGUGACAAGUAAUGGUGUCAUUCACCUCAUUGAUAAAGUGCUGAUUCCUGAUUCUGCUAAGCAAGUCAUUGAGCUUGGAGGUGCCCAGCAGACCACCUUCACAGACCUGAUGGCACAGCUUGGAUUGGCUUCUUCUCUAAGACCAGAGGGUCAAUACACCCUGUUGGCUCCUCUGAAUGGUGCUUUCUCUGAUGAUACCUUGAGGAUGGAUCAACGUCUUCUGAAACUGAUCCUGCAGAACCAUGUUUUGAAAGUGAAAAUUGGCCUCAAUGAGCUCUACAAUGGACAGGAAUUGGAGACCUUGGGAGGAAAAUUGCUCAGAGUCUUUGUGUACCGCACAGCUGUAUGUAUUGAAAAUUCAUGUAUGGUGAGAGGAAGUAAAGAAGGAAGGAAUGGUAUUAUUCACCUUUUCAGAGAGAUCAUCAAACCAGCAGAAAAGUCACUGCAUGAAACACUAAAGAAUGAUAAACGCUUUAGCACAUUUCUCAGUCUGGUGAAAGCUGCAGAUUUAGAAGACCUUCUUACACUGCCUGGAGAAUGGACUCUGUUUGUCCCAACCAAUGAUGCCUUUAAAGGGCUGACUAAUGAGGAAAAGGAAAUAUUAAUCAGGGACAAAAAUGCUCUCAGGAACAUUAUUCUUUAUCACCUGACACAAGGAAUUUUCAUUGGCAGUGGUUUUGAACCUGGAGUGACAAACAUCCUCAAAACUAUCCAAGGCAGUAAACUGUACUUGAAAACAGUAAAUGACACGCUUCUGGUGAAUGACCUGAAGUCAAAGGAAUCUGAUCUCAUGACAACUAAUGGUGUCAUUCAUGUUGUAGAUAAGCUCUUGUAUCCAGCAGAUGUACCGGUUGGAAAUAAUCAACUGCUCACAAUCCUCAAUAAGCUGAUUAAGUACAUUCAAGUUAAGUUUAUUCAGGGCAGCACCUUCAAGGAGAUUCCACUGACAUUUUACAAGAUUAAAGUGAUUGAAAGCAACGUCCAGCCAAUAAUCAGAAAAGAAGAAAUACCCGGUAGGAAAAUCACGAAAGUAGUUGGUGGUUCAACAGUUCGAAAAGUUAUUCAAGAGCCAACAUUCACCGGAAUUGAACAACCAGAAAUCCAGGUGAUCAGGGGAGGAGAGACAAUAACUAAAGUAAUUCAUGGAGAGCCAAUUAUAAAAAAAUAUACAAAGAUCAUUGAGGGACGACCUGUAGAGGUGACUGAAAAAGAGGUGACAGAAGAAAGAAUUAUUCAAGGCCCUGUAAUUACCCAAAUUACUACAGGCGGUGGAUCUGAUACCGAUGAAAACUUGAAGAGAUUACUUGAAGAAGAGGUUACCAAGGUGACAAAAUUCAUUGAAGGUGAUGGUCAUUUACUUGAAGACGAAGAAAUCAAAAGACUUCUACAGGGAGCUGGAACAGAGUACACCAAGGUUACUAAAGUAAUUGAGGGAGAACCACAGAUUAUCGAGAGAGAAAUCAAGACAGUUCAUCUGGAAGGUCAUCAAAGUCAGCAAGGUAAUUUAAGAAACACCAGUAAGGAGAGUAUCAGGCACCAGAAGGACACAAGCAGGGGGAUCAACGAGGAGGAGAACAAGGCUAGUUCGCCCUUAGAAGCUUUCCAAGACACAGUCCACAAAACUACACAUGAAGAGCCUGAUAUAUGAGAGGAAGCGAAGCUGUUUAACAAAAAAGCAAAACACAAAGAAACAAUGUCAUUUUCUAAUCUAGUAUAAACUGAAUCAUGAGCCCAUGUAAAGGGUUUGCCUCACUACUGGGCAUAGCACCCACUGACGUAAGUAGUCUAUUAAAUUGAAUGACGCUACUCUUGGUGGUCAGCAUUAUAAAAGAUGAAAACCUAGUUUCACUGAAGUUAACAUGGAGAUUUAUCUCAUGCUUGGCAGUAAUUGUUUGCAAGAGUGGGCCCCAAAUGAGCAGGGAACAACUCAGAAUGUAAUUUUUUAUUAUUUCUUAUAAAAGGGAAAUAUUAAUGUAAUUAGAUCAUUUCUAGAAAUAUACAGUUUAGGUGAUUUUUAGAAUGCUAAUAAUGUGAGGAAAUGUAAGAUAUGUAAGCCUAGCACUUUGGGUUCAGUAAUAUCAUAUGCAUUUUGAUGUCAACUUUUGUCAUGUUUUGAACGUUAUAAUAACACCAACAACAUUACCUUUUCUAAAUUAACAUUUAUACCAUAUACUAAAUGUAUCUUUUUGUUCUGCAUCACAUAUCCAAAUGUUUCCUGAUAAUCUGGCUGGCAGAGGUAUGCAAAAUAAUUUCAAAAAUUACAAAUGAGCUUCCUAAAAUGUAUCUGGAGUUUUGCUGAUUACAUUUUAAAUCUAUUUAUAUAUUAAAAAAAAAUUCUUGCUAUUGGAAUCUUCUACCAAACAUAUAGCCUAAGAUCAAUAAAAAUGUUAUCCCUUUAACAAAGUUGUGUCCAUUAAUUUUUAAAGUAUAAGGGAUACAAAAAAUGCAUGCAAAGAAUUACCUCUGCAUAGAAACAGGUAUUAUAAAAAUUGGGGUUUAGUAAAAAAGCUUUCAUAUCAAAACACGCUUUGCUAAUGUUUGGUACUAAUGUGGUUUUAUAUGUAAAUUAUGUCAUUUUUAUAACUCUUGUUUUGUAAGUCAUUUGCCUUUUGUAAGUUUUUUAUCAAAUGUCAGAAAGCCAAAAUUUUGGGUAAGAAAAUCCUUUUCUUCAAAGUGCCUUAAUUCUGCAGAACCAAGGUUUCAAAGGAAAUAUUGGGCAUGCUUUUAUACUUCUGUUUUGAAACAAAUACUCAUUAAAGAAAUUGGGCUGAA